AGGGUGUUUAGAGGGAACGGGUUUUACCGGGAAACGAUCCCGAGGAGUUAACACCAGCUGUUCACAGUUUAACCCCUUGGUGAAAUACGCAGUAUUCAAGUCUUCUGGAAAGCAGCUACCUCAAAAUUAUAUCUAGCAGUAAAGAUGGUUUUAAAAGAAAUCCCAACAGAAUCUUUGACUCGGCCUCUGUCACGCAAUGAAAUAGUUGGUUUAAUUUUUCGCCUGACGAUAUUCGGUGCAGUAACAUACUACACUAUCAAAUGGAUGGUAGAUGCCAUUGAUCCAACGAGAAAGCAAAAAAUGGAAGCACAGAAGCAGGCAGAAAGACUAAUGAAGCAGAUUGGCGUAAAAAAUGUCAAGCUUUCAGAAUAUGAGAUGAACAUUGCAGCCCAUCUAGUGGACCCCCUGAGUAUGCAAGUUACCUGGGAUGAUGUUGCUGGCUUGGAUGAAGUCAUUUCAGAGCUCAAAGAUACAGUGUUAUUGCCCAUUCAAAAAAGCCACCUCUUUGAAGGGUCGAAGCUGCUGCAGCCUCCAAAAGGUGUACUCCUGUUUGGGCCUCCAGGCUGUGGAAAAACUCUUAUUGCCAAGGCUACUGCUAAAGAGGCAGGUUGUCGGUUUAUUAAUCUACAGCCUUCCACCUUGACAGAUAAAUGGUAUGGAGAAUCCCAAAAACUGGCUGCAGCUGUUUUCUCGUUGGCUGUAAAACUACAACCUGCCAUUGUCUUUAUUGAUGAAAUUGAUUCUUUUUUGCGCAAUCGAUCCAGCUCAGAUCAUGAAGCUACAGCAAUGAUGAAAGCUCAGUUCAUGAGCCUCUGGGAUGGUCUUGAUACUGACUUCAACUGCCAGGUAAUUGUGAUGGGUGCUACUAACAGACCACAAGAUCUUGACUCUGCCAUUUUGCGAAGGAUGCCAACAAGAUUUCACAUAAGGCAACCUAAUAUUGAGCAACGUCAUUCAAUUCUUAAUUUAAUUCUACGAAACGAAGAGGUGGACCAACGCUUGAAUUUGAGCGAAGUUGCCAAGGAAACUGAUGGCUUUUCAGGGAGUGACCUGAAAGAACUCUGUAGAGAUGCUGCCAUGUUUUGUGUCCGAGAUUAUGUCCAUGGUUCUGAUGAGGAGGAAAGUAAUAAGGACAAGAUUCGACCCAUUAAACAACAGGACCUCCAAAGGGCAAUAGCGAAGAUGCGAAAGUCUAAAGGAGUUACCAUGUUGAAUGACUUGCAAGGUCACUUCGGUAUAGACUGAGGGUAAAUGUACCUGUCAAGUUACCAAGAAGGACAAAUUGAGCUGCAUUUUUACUGGGUGACUUGGCUGGAUGAUGGCUAUUUCUCUGCUAAUUUGUAGAGCUACAUUUGGGGGGUGGGGGGGGGAGUUGUUUUACAAAUUGUAUUUCUGUGAAUUUAGUAUCACCCUCAACUGUAGUUCUUCGGGUCCACGUUCACAGAAAACUUUAUACCGAGCUAUUGUGAAAUUCCUAUUGACUGGGGCUUGUGCAGAUAUGAAUACUAGUAUUUUCUGUAUAUUAGUUCAGAUAGUGAAUGCAUCAGUAUCAUUGUUUAAGAUUUAAUAUUGGAAGAAAACUACUUGAAUGAUAUAAAUAUCUGAGGGAAACUCAAGUGGCUUUUUAAGACACAAUGAAAGUACUGACUGGUUGCACUGUAAUCUGCAUCAUUUAAUAAUGAAUUAGAGAGCACAUAAAAGCUCUAAAAACUGAAUAAAUAAUAUGAAGAAACUAUUCAAAGCAGUUUCUGACAUUUGGUUGAGCCAUAGCCAUGUUUGUUUUUUAAUUUAAUUAUAAACUAGGAUGGUUAUGCUUUUUAAUGUAUUUUUUUAUUUUAUGGUUCAAUGUAAAUAAAUGUCUGAAGUCUGUCACAUAUUGUAUGUUUUAUCUAUUCGUUAUCAUCUCGUUUGAUGGAAUGGAGGACCCAUAAAGAGGUGUUCAAAGAUAGUGAUUGACUAUGUUCGCUAUUAUUUUUCAAGGAUAUCUUUAAAAGCUUUGUACAUAGCAUUUCAAGCCUUUGCAUGUAAGCACUAUUUCAGAACUGAAAACCAUUCACAAGAGCACAGGUGAACACGUUUUUAUAUAUUUAUGAAGAGAGGUUCAAAAUUUGAAUCUUUUUUCAUUGCCAUAGGAGUAGGUAAGGAGUAACUAAUAGAGCUUUUCAAAACAAAACGAAGGAUUGAGUCCACCAGUUGGCUGUUUGUGACAAAGGGAACACGGUCACAAUUAACAUAAUAAAGGGGGAUGUUUGUAAGAACCUUUUUUAAUAUGAGAGUCAUGAGAACAUAGAUCAUUUUGCCACAGAUGACUAUUGGGGCAAAUAAUGUAACAACAUUAAUAUGUACAUGAAAAGAAUCUUGAACACUUAUACGGGAUGAGCUGGAAAUGUGUUUAUAGUAGAUAACUCCAGUUCAAGAGCUUGCGCCAGACCAAUUGCAAUUUCAAUUUAAAGUUCACCUCAGUACGUUAAAUCGUUUGGAUCAGUGUUUAAUUGAAAUUUUCUUUUGCAGCAGGAAACUUUUCUCUGCCACAGAAAUUUUAAAAAAACAUUACCAGUUAAUGUACUAGUAUUUGAAAUUUUCUCCCCAGUAAUGGUUACAAGUUGCUUGAGGUGAACAGACCCUCACACAUCAAAUUAUCCAGUUUCCCAAGUUACAAUUAUUUCAACAUUUUCAACUUUCAACCCUGAUGGGAAGAGAUCAACUGACAGUUUUGCUUUAAAAUGAACUUAGUUAUAAAUCAUGUAAUAGAAACAUUGUUAGCCCUUUCAAUCUGGCCUAUUGUAAGUCUCUAUUGAGUCUCUAGAAGGAAUGACUGAUCUUGUAUAUUACAGGUUAAAAUAUAUAUAGAAAAGAUGUAGCUGGGAAUGAAUUCCAAUGAAAUAAUGAAAUUAGUGUUCAGAUGGACUUCAAGAACAGUGAGAGACACAAAAUAGAAAUGUCUGUCUUGUGAUUUUAAUGAGGUAGGAUAAAUUCAUUUUAAAAGAAGCACCAGCCAAUUGUCUCUCUGGUUCGUUCUGUGCUCAUUAGCCUGAGGAUGGCCAAUACAGGUAACUGGCUACAGGAAUUUUGCCCACGUCAACUUACUCAAUGCUAAUGCCCAUCAUAAAUAUAUCUUUGGUGAUUCAUAUCUCUCUAUAGCCGCUCGAAACACAGCCCAUUAUCUUUUUUCCCCUCAUGCAACCCCCUGCAGGAUUAUGCUAUGUAAAUACAUCUUGGUAUUGCUUUCCUAAAAAAAAAAUGUGCUUUGUCUUUUUUUUUAAUAAGUCUGUCUGAGAUAAUGUGAGCACGACUGAAAAGCAACAUGGCUUCUUGGCCAUUCUUCUGUUGGUUUCUAAGGUGCCUAAACUGUCCAUCUUUUUGUUUGCCUGAUUAUGGUAAAGGAAAAGCUUUGCACUUCAGUGGAAAAUAUAAUCCAGAGGUCUUUUAGUGGGUUCCAUUUUUAUUUUCUGCAUCUCUAAAAGGGAUUCCAUUUAAAAAUAUGCAUAUACCAUCAUAGGGUUUAGAAUAACUUGCUAUCAGGAGCUGUUAAAACUAUCUCUAGAUGGUUAAUUCAGUAAACAAAAAUUGGAUAAUAAUGUAUGGUAUCUUACUGGUAUUUUUGUUUCUAAUAUGCUAUAAGUAAAUACAUCUGACCCAUAGUCUUAGGCUGUGUACAGUGAUCUAGCAGUGUAGUACUUUCUGCUGUGAGGUGACAGGAGAGCAUAGUUGAUAUCCCACAGCAGUUUAUCAUAAUUCAGGAUUUAUUGUCAAACAUGAGCUGCAUUAGUCCAUACAAAGCAGAAAAUAAUGACCCAGUUUAUAGGUGAUUCAUUCUGCUUGUUGAAACAGUUAGUGGGUUGCAAACACAAGUAAAAGUGUGUGGAAAAGGUGAAAGUGAAAGGUAAAUUAGAAAAUUGCGGUUUACAAACAAGUCCUGCAAUCUUAAAAAAAAUCCUUAGCAUUGCUAUGCAGAGAACAUAACCAUUCUUGUGAAUGUCAACAGGCGCCUACUGUAGAAAUUUGUUCUACCUACACCUACAGUGGAAGAAUACACAAUAAGGAUGUUAUGUUAUGUAACCUUAUGUAUUAUAUGGUAAUCUGCCAAUGUUCUUGGAGAAAAAUAAAACAUUUGCCUUUUGUA